UCGCCUUCCACGACUCGUCGUCGCCGAGCAUCGAUGCCACAACACUCGGCAACGACAAGUCGUUUCCUACUUUUGCGACGAGGACACGGCGCCACCCCUCCCAUGCGGGGCAGGCGACGAGCGUAUGCUCUGCCGUGUCCAAGUCGCAAUCACAAUGGUGGCACUCUGCUCGGCUCUGAUCCGGUGCAGGAACUCACCGAAGCAAGCCGUACUACUACUGGUCAGUCCACCUUAUAAGGGAUCUAACAGUGCUUAAGACCCGCGAAAACCGAAGAAAAUAUUAUUUAGCAUGGCCAGAGGCGAUUAUAAUAUUAUAAGAUAAUUAAGAAAAUAAUAAUAAAUUUCAUCGUCUUAUACGUGAGAAAUAACGUAUUUGAAAUAUUUGAAAUUAUUGCAUCAGACGUUACACAAUCACCAGACGUCGGAGGUCAGGGCGAAACAAUAAAUUAAAAUGAGGUAGGUACAUGCCUACACCAGUUCGAGUGGAUAAACAUUCAAAUCAAGUUUACUGCUGAAAACAGGAAUGCUAAACAUGCCCUAAAUCAUUUGGAACCUCCCUAUGGAUCUACAGAAGGACUUUGGUCGAAGUCAUUCCUUCUUCGGGAAAAAGUUCAUUGGCGUCUUGUGAUUCAGCAGGGGUAGGAGUGCGAAUCGCGAGGGUCAAAGGUUCAGGGCUGCGCAGACUGUCAGGCGCGGAGCACUCAAGGUGAAAGGAGGACGAUGCUCUAUUUGCGAAGAAAAUGGCCGGAUCCCCACCCGCACGGCAGGCGGGGUAUGUGGGAGUUAAACCUCACUAAAAACUCCUGACGCUCACAGCCGGCGCCCUGCCCCGGAGUCGGGGAUAUUGAGACGACGGGAACAUACAUGAUACACUUAGUGUGCUCAUACUAAUUUGUUUGUUAUAAAGCUUUAAGAUAACUUAACAGGGAUUCAGACCAUUUGUUAAUUGACCGACGGGGUCACGAUGUAACAUAACUAGCUGUCCGAGCCCAUAGACUCGCAUAAUAUCAAUGUAGCCACUGACCUUGAAACAUGACAUCGAAGUCUCAAAGGCUAAAAAAUCAAAAUCUAAAGAUCGUCCUAAUCUUCGAUCUGGAAUGGAUGAUUGGCUUUCGUUUUUCAUUUCACGACUCACCAGGUGUUAAGUAGUUAGUGUAUUCCAUAGACAUCAACAACAACUCAACCUUAGAACUCAUGUCUCAAGGCGGGUGAUUUUAUUAUACCAUGAGACAUGAGUUCUAAGGUCUCCGUUUUUAUACUACAACGAGUACUCCGCCCUUCAAACCGAUUCAUAUUACUGCUUCACAGCAGAAAUAGGCAAGAUGGUGGUACCUAUAUGUGCGGACUCACAAGACGUCCUACCAUCAAUGAAGAUUAUAAUUUUUGCGGGUUUAUCACGCGAUGUUAUUCGUUUAUCGUGGAAGUCAAUCGUGAAUAUUCCGUAAGUACAUAUUUCAUUAGAAAAAUUGUUACUUGCCUGCGGGAUUCGAACAUCGGCACUUUGGAUCGCUUGAUACGAAUGCACUGGGUGUCUUAUCCUUUAUGCCACUACGACUUCAAAAAUUCGGCAGAAAUAGGAAUAAUUGUAGUAUCUACCUAUAUAGGAUCACAAUACAUCUUACUAUCUAAACAGAAAGAUAAUUAAAAAAUUCUACUGACCCUUCUAUGGGAAUUCAUUUCACGGAAAAAAGUUAUUUAUCAUUUUAUUAUUCACCAGGCUAAUUUUAACUAUGAAAUGAUUGUAAUGUAGGGUUGUGAGUUACAAAACAAUUUGGUUCAAAUUUAUUAUGUUUGUCUAUUUUAAUUUAGACCGUCUUUGGUUCUAAAUACAACAAUUUUUAAGCAUACUUCUGGAAUACUUUACUAUUUUUGCGGUAACGGACGACUAAGUAAUAAAAUGUAAAUAAUAAGCGCGGAUUAGAACGUAAAAGUACUUUUAGUUUUUUUUUUUUAUUGCUUAGUCGGGUGGACGAGCUCACAGCCCACCUGGUGUUAAGUGGUUACUGGAGCCCAUAGACAUCCACAACGUAAACGCGCCACCCACCUCGAGAUAUAAGUUCUAAGGUCUCAGUAUAGUUACAACGGCUACCCCACCCUUCGAACCGAAACACAUACUGCUUCACGGCGGAAAUAGGCGGGGUGGUGGUACCUACCCGUGCGGACUCCUCUAAGAGGUCCUACCACCACUCGCGAAAACCACAUAAAAUACAACAAUAUGCAUAUUAUUAUGUAUUUUAUCUAAUUUCGUGUCGCACGUUAAACUAAUGCUAACGAAUAUUACUAAAUUCGCAUAUGUAGUGAUUUUCUAAGAAAUAUUACAGGCGUCAUUGCAAAAAAAAGUGGACACAGGGAAGUCAAGAAUGUCUGCCAAUUUUAUUUUUGGUCUAGUUUUUUUUCUCUAUUACUAUUUAGUGAGACGCAUUUUGUAGGAUUUGCGAUGGAGGUCAUUGCUUUUGCUCCCGAAGAAAUUGUUUUUAUGUCAAAACUAGUGUUGGGAUUCCUAUGAUUUUGAACGAUCGUAAAUCGAUUUUGUUAAUGAUUAUUGUUUGAAACAUUUUGCCAACCCCGAGCCCUUGCGUUUCAGUUGUGUUUAUGACGGCGACGCCGGUGCAACAGCCGGCCGUGACCGAGUUUGUCGCUCGCAACUCCACGACUAUGUACCGCAAACAUUAUGUCAAUACGCAUAAUAUUUUUCAAACAACUUUAUUGAAUACGAACCGAUACUGAAUUUCGACUGACUCGGUGGUACAGUAGUUAGUGCCGCUAUCUGUUGCGCCGAGGAUCGUGGAUUCGAUUCCCACAUCGGAGAAACAUUCGUGCGGCGAACAGAUGCAUUUGCUCUUUGUCUUGGCGUUUAUUAUCAAUUUAAGUAUAUAUUUAAACGUAUAUAAGUAUGUAUGUCUGUCUCUGGUAUGCAGAGGGAAUCCUAAUUUGCGGCCGGAUUACCGUACAUGAUUUUUUCCCAAUUAUUAAUUAUUAUUAUUAUUAUAUUAUUAAUCUUUAAUCUCUAUAUAUAAAACUGAAUUGCUGUUCGUUAGUCUCGCUAAAACUCGAGAACGGCUGGACCGAUUAGGCUAAUUUUGGUCUUGAAUAAUUUGUCGAAGUCCAGAGAAGGUUUAAAAGGUAGAUAAAUAUGAAAAUUAUCGGAAUUAAAUAAAGUUUAGGCCUUUUAUUUAUCGAUUGAAGCACUGCGAAGUCUGCCGGGUCAGCUAUAUUAAAUAAAAAUAUACUUUCACAAAUAAAUGAGCGGUUUGUCUAAUACAUGAUUACAGUUUAAAUACACGUUAAUUUCUGGCUCAAAUUAUACAAUUUCUAUUUACACUACGACCGUUAGAAGAUAAUUUAGGACUGGUCAAUAUUAUGGCAGUUCUGGCAAGGUUUCAUAUAAAUAAAUUCACAGUAAGCGAUAACUGGUCCGGGAGUAUAAUGUGCACCUGAAACUUCUGACGUUUUGAAUAAUUACAGGUUUCGUCGUAUAUCGACCAGAUAUCGAAAUAUUCUGCAACAUUCUGAUGUCUACAGCAAUAUCGACUACAAAGAUUUUACUCAUGGCAUUUUGGCAGGCUGAAAAAUCCCAAUCGCUUGUUCGUCCAUUUAAAGUACGCGUGUGGUGCCGUUAGAUUAAAAUUAUGUAAAGGCUCCUACUCUUAUCUCUGGUGUGUGAAAUAUGCACUUCAAAGCGCGCAACAAAACAAUAAAAACCAAACAACUGAAAAAUGUUUGUGACAACUAUCUAUGAAAAAUGCAGGUCAAAUAAAUACAUACUUCAAAAAGUAUAGUGUCUACAAGCAUUUCAAGAAUUUACCCAAUAAAUAUUACGAAUAACAAUUAUGAAUUAGUAGGUACAUUAAAAUUUUCUACGUAUGUUAAAUUUCAAUGAACAUGAGUUUAGUAAAACGGAUAAAAAUCUUGCAAGGCCCUGCUAACGCCAUCUAGGCAAAGGGAAUAAUAUUCCAAAGCAGUAAUUAUUAUAAUCUGAAUGUAGAUGGCGGUAGACAAUAAACGGCAUUAAAUAAUAAACAAAUUGAUAAAUAUAAAUUAGCAAUCUUUGAACAGGUAGGUAUGUACUUCAUAUAAAGAAUCAAUCUGUCAAAAAUCAAUCACUAAUGAUGAGCCAUAUCUUCAUUUAAAACAAUGUGAGCCUCUUUAAUGAAGUACUUUGAGGACUCAAUAGUAUUACUAUGCUUUUUUUUUAUAGAUAGUCAUAUCGUAAAUCGACUCAUCUCUCAAUCCCAUUUCAUUUUUCACACAACAUAUGAUUCUGAAAAAGUGUAUUUUAUUUUAUUGUUUUCUAAUUUAGUCGAUUUUGAAAACGAUGAAUCGAGUAUUAGUUUAUUAUCCAUUUUGAACAAAAUAACUCUUUUCAAACUUACUAACUUAAGUUUGCAAGAUCGUAUAAUUGGAAAUCAAAUAAAUAAUAUCGGUUACACAUUAUGUUCUCUCAAACUAAAGUAAAAUGUUGAUCGAUUAAACAUUUUUGACAAUAAUUUUUAAUCUUAGCAAUGGAAUAUUUUCCAUUGUAUAGAUAAAUCUUAGGUUUUUCUAAUUAGCAACAAAAUAAUUCGUCUAAUUUGCUACUGUAAUGUUGAUCUUGUGUGUUCUUUGCCUCCCACCUUCUAGGAACCCCAAGGGGUUAUACAAACUUCACCGAACGUAUAGGCGAGCUCACGGGGCUCACUCAACCUCGAAGACUUUGCUAACAUCUGCCCUAGCAAUGCUUCGCUGAAUCUACCACUGGAUCGGAAUCGCGACCCGCUGCGAAGAUCCGGGGAGAAACUCAAGCUAUUUCAGUGGCUGAAGGGGCACAAAGAACCCUUCGUCGCACUCAACCGAUUCGAAAAGAAAAAUGUUGAUUUUUCGAUGCUUUGUUGACAAAAUCCUGUGUUGCUGUUGUCUAUGCUGUCGGCAUUACGAUCGGCGGGAAUGUACCUAAUUUGUGAAGAUAUCUUUGUGUUUUUAAUAAGUUAUUGUUAUUGUGUUAAGUUAUUGUGAUAUUGAUUGUGAUGUGUAAUUAUUUACACCCUUUUAGUUUCAAAACUCUCAGUAAAUUCCCACUGUUUUACUAAAUAAUUGUCUUACCUCAUCUUAAUUUCCGUUCACGUCACUUCACAAGUAAGAAGUACCUAUAUGGCUCGGCCUUUGGUAUAAUAAAAUUGAUAGUACUACGGGCUGCGUUUCCUUUGCCUGUUGCUUAUACGAAUCAAACCAAUGAAAAUGUCAAUAGCUAGUGACGACUGGAAUAUUAUUUUAAGAAUUUAGCAAAUUCAAAUAAUACAAUAAUUUAACUAUCAUUGAUUGAUGAAAAAAACUAAUCAUAAAUCAUAUAUUAAUUACAUUUAAAUAGUAUAUAAGAGCGCUCAACAAAACCUAAUAGCUUACAUCAAGAGGUUAGCUUAUGAAUUUGUGGCUUUCAUAAGUGAAACUGGAAAUGAACACAGAAAAAAGGAACGGCCGUGGACGAGGCAGAGGUCGUGGUCGCGGAAGAGGUAGGGGUAGAGGCAGAGGUAGAGGUAAAAAAGUUCCUAAAGUAAUGUCCAGUGACGAAGAGGAAUGUUCUGUAGAAGAAACCUCACAAGAUGCUGAAGAACCAGUAGUUGAGGAGCCUAAGGAAGAACCCGAACCGGUUGACCCACCCAAACUGGAAGUUCCCUCAGACAUAUCACAAUUAGAAGCACCGGUAUUCACAACUUUGCAAAGAGGACCACCUGAACCGAUGCUGCGACUCGAUUGGAGCCACCGAGCUACACUUAUUGGAGAGAAGGUCUUGAAUCCAAUGAUAUACUGCUGUGAUACAUGCUCCAAACCUAUUCUUAUUUAUGGAAGAAUGAUACCAUGCAAACAUGUCUUCUGUUUAUCUUGUGCUCGUGCUGAUCACACGCACUGCCCUCGGUGUAGAGAGAAGGUUCUCCGAGUAGAACAAACCGGUUUGGGCACAGUUUAUAUGUGCACACAUUCCGGAACACGUUAUGGCAAUACAGGAUGCAGGAGAACUUAUUUAUCGCAGCGAGACCUACAAGCACACAUCAACCAUAGACACGUGUCAUCCGGUAACACUGAACCGAAAGUAGAACCGGAAACUCCAUCUCCUUCCGUACCUGUGGUCAAACCUAUUACACCGAUGUCGGUGGGUACGAGCGACCCACGGGGGCACGGCCGACCCCGCACCAACCUCAUCACCGUGCCCAUACAUGACCACACUGACCAGCACAACUAUUACAACUAUUACACGCAGCCCCCGCCGUCCGUGACGUCGGUGCCGGUUCUGCAGUCGCUCAGCGUCCCGCCGCCGCCAUACUACGCGCCGCCGCCCGCGCCUCACGCGCCCCACGCACCCCACGCACCCCACGCAGCGCACCCACCCCACCACUACGUGCCGCCGCCCGGUGGUACGAUAUCUACAGCAGUAAGCGGUGUGUCUCCUGUCCCGAACGUGACUCCAGCGAGCGGGGAGGCGGGGCGUUGGGGGGACGGCUACUCCGGGAGCUGGCCUCCCCCCCAUCCCUACUACCGGUAGCGGUACCGGACCACCAUACGCACGCGGUACACCAUGCGGAGGUUCUAAUCGACAUCGAGAACGUGUGGGUUAUUGUCGUGCUUAAACGUCUUAAGUAAUAGUGCUGAAACAUUCAACUUGUCAGUUAUGUGAAAUAGAAAACAAAAUGUGUACUGAAACUUGCAUACCGCUAGGUACAUCUGAUAGACGUGCGAUCGUACACGUGUGCAACAAAAUUUAUAAAUAGACAGCAGAUUAAAUACCUCCAUGAAUCUUAGUCAAAUAUUUGUGUACUAAAAUUGUGUUAGACAAAAGUGCUACUAAAAAUUGUGCAUAAUGACUAAUAUACUACAAAAGUAUAAUUUACACUUAAAUGUUGAGAAUACGUGUAUAUGAAGUACUCACUAACAAUGAUUACAAAAGUUCUGUGGAUUAUUGUAUUUUCAUAUGACAUUGUGCUCGAAUGGAAUGUACCUAAGUGCGUAAAAACAAACCAGUCAGACCUACUGAGAAGAUCCAAAAAUUUAAUCUGAUUCUUAUAUUAUUACAUUUAAAUAUAAAAUUAAAUGUGGCCUAGUGAUGAAAUACUACAACAUUGUUAUUCUAGACAUCGGAGAGCAGCAUUACUGUAAAUAAGAAAUGGCUAUACUUAGUUGUCCUUGCACAGACGUAUUGAGACUCGAUUAAAUAUAACUGAAUAAUUAAAUUACAAGAAACUUAUACAAUUUGUCUGCUCAAUAGUUUAAGUUUCCGUUUUUGGGAGAAUAAAGUGGUCCAACAACAAUGUUCAGGACCUAAGUAGUAAGUACCUCGAAAUAACAAAAUAUGAACUUAAUUCUUCACAAAAGUAAUACACAUGACAGACUCUUUGUAUCCAACGCGUUCAUUGGAAGAUGUCAACUUCAUUAAGUAAUUAUUACUCGAAUAGUUAUGGUUGUAUUGUUGUGUAGGAAAUUAUAUGUAUAUAAUAGAAUUCAGAAUUUGCAACCUUGUUCUCUUUAUGAGCUAUAGAAGUCCAAUAGAUUCGCGCGUAUUAUGAAAUAACUUGAAAUUGAACAAUUUUUUAUUUGUAAAAGUGAUUUUGUGAAAACUGGAUGAGAAACUAUUUACAUUUAAAAAAAAAUAGUCAGUUUUCGUUGUUGUUAAAUACAAAAUUGAGGAAAACACCCGAACCAGAGAAAUAAAAAAUAUAUAUGAGUCGUCUAUUAUCAAAGGCGGCAAUCUGUACAUUUGGACAAAAAUUUUUUAUUGAUAUGUCAAUACAGAUUUAUUUGAAUAUAAUCGUCUCCUUCAAAGAAUACGGUUCAAAAUCUGCAUUAAAUAAAGGUUAAUAGUUAACCUGUUAUUUAUCUAAGAUGUCGUUCCGAAGAGUUUUGUGACUGCCAAUGGAAUACAAAGUCAAUAAUUCGUUUUUCUGAUUUACCAAUCAUUGUCCAAAAGUCAGAUUGCCGCCUUUGAUAAUAGACGACUCAUAUCAAGUUUCAAUGUUCUUCAUUUAGGAUAACUUAAUUGAUAGUUUUACAUAUUUUAUGUAAAUUGUUUUCAUUGCAUAAUCUCGUUUAAACGUGUACCAAUAAUUAAACAAGAAUUUAGAAAGCUAGUGAUUUACACAAUAGUAUUUAAAGACUUUUAUUUUAUUUUCUUCUAUUUUAAAGGGUAUAUUAAUUAUUCGUUUAUAGUUUUUUUUAUUUUAAUGAUACCAUAAAACGAACAGUUCAUCACAUUUGCUGCAAUAUUAAGAAUAAAACUUUUAUUUAUUCUAUUUAUUUUAUGUUCAGAAGUAUAUUUUUGUUCAAACUUAAAAUACACUAAGUAAUUAGGUGUACGAAAGACCUAUAAAAUAUAUAAUUGUCAUCUGAGAAGUUGCGAAUUGAAAAUAAAAUAUAGUAUAAAAACUAUAAAA